AUGGCAUGUGUUUCAUCUGUUGGACAAGUUGAAAGAGUGGUAUCAGGAAUUCAUCUUACUGUCGUAGGUCCGAUUAAAUACAACGAAAACCGGAACGUCAGUGUAAAUGAUUCCUUAUUCCUUCAUGAAGGCGGUGACCUCACUGUGAAUUGUGCUGCUAAUGGAUCAAGAUAUAAAGGUGAUGAGAAGAACGAGACCGAACGGUACGAAAAAAGCCCAUCUCAAAAUAAGGAUCAACAAAAUGCUUAUUCAGAAAUUGGAGCUAUCGAAUCAGCAUUUGUAUCGAAAGAUUCAACAAAGGCAAAGUGUUUGAACAACGACUUCGAGGAAAAAGAUGAAACUCAAGUUGACAAAGCCUAUUAUAGUUUUGAUAUGCACGAUUUGAUACCUCGAACUGCUAUCAAAAUUGAUCAUCUUUAUGAUAAAGUUCUUUCGACUUCAUAUUCAGAGGAAAUGGAAAUCCAAUUCAAGAAUUUCCCGAAAGGUUUAACUAACGACUACAAUGAGGCUCUAAGUAUUCAAAACAGACCCAAAAAUAGAUACAAAAACAUAUAUCCAUAUGACGCUACGAGAGUUAUUCUUCAGAAGGAUGAACAACACUCUACAAAUUACAUAAAUGCCAGCUUUAUUCACGGCUACAGUCUAGCAAAAGAAUUUGUUGCAGCGCAAGGCCCAACUGACGAGAUACUAGUUGACUUCUGGCGUAUGGUUUGGCAAUUACGAGUUGGCAAAAUUGUAAUGUUGACCAACCUGGAGGAGGAUAAAAAGAUGAAGUGUGUUCAGUAUUGGCCUGGUGAAGGAAGCAUAGAAUAUGACAGUUUUAAAAUAACACACCGAAGCGCAGAACUAUUUUCAGACUUCGUCAUACGAAAGCUAGCAUUGCAAAAAGAUGGAGAAGAAGAGAGAAUAGUUUAUCAUUUUCAAUUUACUGCCUGGCCCGAUAAAAGUGUACCAAAAUAUGCAUCAUCACUUGUCCACUUCCGCCAAAAGAUUGUCACCACCGCUGUAAAAGAUAAAGGCCCUAUUAUAGUGCAUUGCAGCGCCGGUGUGGGGCGGACGGGUACGUUCAUAGCCCUGAAUGUACUGACAGAGCAAACCUCCACGGUGGGAUAUGUGGAUCCAGUGGGCUGUGUAAAUUCACUGAGAAGGCAGAGGCUCGAUAUGGUGCAAACAUCGGAACAGUAUAUAUUCCUGCACAUGGCACUUCUGGAGACGUUGAUGUUAUCCACCUCGGAUUUACCUGCGUCAAAAUUCAUGAAAGCGUAUGAAGAACUUCUGGUUUUCGACAAGCACCGACGGAAACUUGAUGUCGAGUUCUCUAGGUUAGAGAAAAUGUCUCCCGUAGCUGAUGAAUGUCAAAACGUCAGUGCGAAAGAAAUGAGGAACAAGAAUAAGAAUCGUUAUUCAAACAUUCUCCCAGUCGCAGAUAAUAUGCCGUACUUGACUCCAUCUGGUAACAGAUCUGAUCCUGAUUACAUCAACGCUGUUUUUCUACCGAAUUACAAGAAAAAGAGAGCGUUCAUCGUCACCCAGACACCACUUGAAGCGACCAAGACUGACUUUUGGAGGUUGGUUGUUGAACAUGAUGUCCAUACGAUCGUCAUGAUAAACAAUAGAAGUGAGAUGAAGGAAGACGAGAUAUACUGGCCUGAGAACGAGGAAUCGAAAACAUAUGAAAACAUGACGAUUACAAAGACAGGGGAAGAAUCCGAGAGAGGAUUGAGGAUAAUAAGGCUGGACUUGAAUCGGUUUGGAAAGACACGGAAGCUUCAACAAAUACAAUUUGAAGGAUGGCCUGAUGAUUCAACAUUGCCAUCUUCCCCUAAAGGUUUUAUAAACCUCCUCGAUGCAGUGCAGUAUUGGCAACAUCAAUCAGGAAACAAUCCUGUUCUCGUGCAUUGCAUGAACGGAUCAGAAAGCGGUUUGUUCUGCGUAGUUUCAGCGGUGUUGGAAAGGAUGAAAAUAGAACAAGACGUCGCAAUUACCCAGGUUAUCAAAGAGAUGAGGAACUACAGGGAACAGGUUAUCCCCUCAGUGGACCAGUUCAAGUUUGUACAUGAGGUAGUCAAGGAGUACAUUCUGCAAAAUGAAACAUACUCCAAUUUUGCCGCUAGAUGCUAAAUGGCUAUCAAUCAAUGCGACACUUCAUAUGGCAUCCCCGAUCUUGUUUUUAAAUUUUGUUUAUAUGCUUUUUUGUCAUUCCUUUUGUUUCAUAAACUACGCAUUAUCCGUAUAUAUGCUUUUAAAUAUAGUGGAUCCCUUUAUGAUUAUGUCAAAUUUGCGUUCAAAAAUUAUCAGAAAAUAUAGUGAUGAAUUAAGCUGAAGCUGAAGGGUGUUCCUACGCCAUCUUCCAAUAAUGACGCGGGAAGUACAAGUGUUCAUACUAAGGACUUCUUUAAUUGUGUUUGAAGUAUUGAAGUGUUUCCCAAGUACCGUUACAUCUGUGAUGUUGCUGAAAUUAUUUCUUAGGGAGUAUGUACAAGGGGUAGUACAAAAAUACGUUAAGAUUUAUAACCUAAUAUCUAUACAAUUUAUUUCUUAUAUACAAAAAAAGAUCGCAUUAUCUGGAACAGUUUAGCAACGUUUCUUCAAAUGUUGAUUGUUACCGAAAUUAUUAUAAUUUUAAAACAAAUUACUCAA